AUGGGACUAAAGCUGGUGGCUUCCUCUUGCCUGCCAGGCUUCCUCGUGGAGCAGGCGAGCUAUAGAGGGAGCCCAAGUGGAAAAGGGUCUAAGACGAUGGGACAGAAUUGGGGAGACACGAGACCCGUCAGUGCGCAGCGGGAAGCCCUUCUCGACACUACCAGGUUUCGCAAAGGAUUGCGGUCCAUCCGUAUGAUCGCGGAUAUGGGCCAAUCUCAAGGAAAUCGCACCAAGCUGCAAAUGCAAACCAUCCAACAGGCCUCCAGAGUAAGCGUGGACAAGAGCGUUCAUGGUCUGCAGCACUCAAAGACGAUGUUGGUGCGCAUUACGGACAAGUCGUACCUGGUCAUUGGCAGAGCAAAUUGGACCACUGUGUUCACCGACUAUGCAGCAAAUUUUGACAAGACCUGGGAGGAAGCCCAAGUGCUGCAAGGAGUGGCAUUGGAUGCUGUGACGGUAGGGCAGCAGGGGGUCUCCUGGGGCUUUGGCAUUGCCAAAACCGCUACGUCCAUGGGCUUUGGCGCCGCCACGGCCGCCCUUCGCUUCACCGGCGAGGUGGGUGGCCCGGCGGCGCAGGUGGUCACCGGCGGUGUGGAACAGGUUCUGAACUUUGCUCAUGGUUGUACCAACUUGGGUCAGGACUUGGCACACGGAAUCACGCAGGCAUCCUUGAGCACAGCGAAGUUUUCGUUGAGCGCAGCCGGAGCGCAGGAGGGUGAGCUCCUCCGUUUGGCCUUGGGCGAUGAGGCAGCCGAAUCGAUCAUGAUGGUGCUGCAGAUGGUGAAACGCUUCUGCACGCCGCUGGAGGGCGUCUCGACGGCGCAGCUGUUCCUGGCGGCGCGAAGCUGGGCGGCGGUGCAGCAGGCGAAACGAUUGGAGCUGCUGCAGAGAGGCCCACCAUUGGUGGUGUCUCCGUUGCCGCCCCAUGCGGAACGUGCCAUGCGCUGGUCCGCAGCCACCUUUGGGGCCCUGUUCCUGGCUGGCAUGGCAGACGGUCUCUCGGUGGCACCUGCCGUGCGCGCCUACGGCGGCGGCUCGGCGCGGAGCCCGGCGGAGAUGGCGCUGGCGGCGGCCAAGGUCGAUGGCCGCGUGAUGGUGUUGGACUUCGAAGAAACCUCGGAACAUCUCGUCCCUGGCUUCAUGGUCGCUGUGGACCACGAGUUGAACUGUGUGGUGCUGGCCUUGCGUGGCACCUCCGGAGCCAAAGACGUGCUGGUAGACCUGGUCUGCGAGGUUGUGCCGUGCGAACUGGCCGGGGUGCAAGGGCAGGCGCACGGUGGCAUGCUCCGCGCCGCGCAACGGGUGAGUGAGCGGCUGCUACGCUUAGUGUUGCAGGGGCUAGAGAUGUUGGAGGCCACAUCGGUGAGAUCCCCACAUUUGCCUGACGUGCUGAUCACUGGCCAUUCUUUGGGCGGCGGUGUAGCUGCACUACUGGCAGCUUUGUGGAGAGAUCAAGCCGCCCUACCACCUGGACGAGUGAUGCAAUGCAUCACUUUCGGGUGUCCUCAGGUUUUAGACGCAGAACAUGCCAUGGCUUUGGCGAAUUUCACCACCAGCGUUAUCCUGGGAGACGAUCUGGUGCCGCGACUGAGUCUUACGACGGUCCAAGACCUUCGCGAGUCCUGCCUUCGUGUGAACGAUCCUGAGGCCUUCCAGCUUCCCAGCAGUCUCUCCACCACCUCCCUACAAGCGCGCGCAGCUCGAGGCAAUGAAGAUGACAUGGCACAUCUGGCAGCAGCCCACGCUCAAAUCGCUGGGGCUUGUCAUGGAACCAGCAACAGGCUUUUCCCUGCUGGGCGUUUGGUGGUGUUGCGGCAGGCGGAGAUCCCUUCGCAGGAUCCACACUACGUGGCAUUGGAAGGAUCACAAGCAGACGUAGAUGAGAUGCUGAUCUCUUCCGACAUGGCUGCGGCACACAUGCCAGCGCGAUACCUGAAGGCCUUGGAUGAAGCCAUGAACAUUCCAGCGCCUAGGGAGGUGAAACUCAAUGGCUUGGGCUAAGCGAGAGCUCGUCGGUACGAGAUCACAUGGAGCGAGAGAUCCCCAAGAAAGGACGUGAUUAGAUGGGGAAGACAGGGGGCCCACCACAAAUGGUGGAUCCCCAAAAUGGAUGGUUGAUAAU